AUGUCCUUCAAAAAGACUUUUGAGAAGCGCCUCAAUCGCAACAUGCAACAGGACAGUGAGGUUGGCGAGAGCUCUAGCAGCAAGAUCGAUGACAUGGACAUCAAGACCCAGCCAGGACCUGCAGAUGAUGCGGAUGACUACGAUCUCAACAUGAAGAAGGAUGCCCCGCCUCGGUUCUCUACACUCUUUGGUCCAGCUCCCCCCAUCGUCCAAUCGGUGCCGACUCCUAGCCCACGGCGUGAAUACUUUCCACCACCGCAGCGGAAGUCUGGCAUCUGGAUGCCAUGGUCUCUAUUCAUCAUUCUUGCCGUAAUGCUGUUCUUGGAGAGCACUGUGUUGUUCACGUACACUGUAAUUGGUCUGUACAACAAUACACCAUCACGGCUCCUGGCUCUGGCCGGUCAAGGCAUCGGAGGAUCGAUGCCCUACGGCAUGUGUGAACCACUCAAGGCAACGUCUCCACAGCCCGCUGCUGUGAACUUUGCGCCCAACUUCGUCAUGCCACAAGCAGCGCCAGCAUCAUCCAUUACUGUCACUGUGACUUUGACAACGACGGCAUCAGCGACCACACCCACCACUAGCACAUCAACCACGACAUCUACUACGAGCGCCAGUCCCACCACUUCAAGCAAGAGUGACGCUGGUGUGCUCACAGUCACAGCACCUGUUCACAUAGUGACCGAGACACAGACGUUUGGGCCAACGACGACAGGCACGCCGUCGUUGGCGACCUCAACGGCCACGGGCACUACCACUACGCCGAACUCCGGAACGGUGCAGGCGGGAGUCUUCUUACCACCUAUUGUGCUGGGUACGACCAGCACGGCGAAGACGGACGCAACGACGUUCCUUCCACCUAUCGCGGCCACUACAUCAUCUGCAUAA